CCGCCUGAUGCUCCCCGGUUCCACUUUCACUUUCGGUCUCCCGGCGGGCAAGGCAGGCAAAGGUGUCGCGAGGCUGAGCCGGCUCCGGUUCCAGACCCCCAGGUAUUUUGAGCAAGAAGAAGAUGGUGUCUCUGUCCUUCCAAUGGCCACUUGCAACUAUGUCAUUUCUGCUUUUCUCACUGGUGACUCUCUUGAUUGUGUCAGCUCCUUCAUGGUGCCAGAGUAGUGACACUACAGCUCCAGAAGCUAGUAAUGGGGCACCAUUUCCUUGGAAUAAAGUGCGACUUCCUGAGCAUGUCAUCCCAGUUCAUUACGAUCUCAUGAUCCAUGCAAAUCUCACCACUCUGACUUUCUCGGGAACCACCAAGGUAGAAAUCACAGCCAGCCAGCCCACCAGUACCAUCAUCCUGCAUAGUCACCAUCUGCAGAUAUCUAAGGUGACCCUCAAGAAAGGGGCUGGAGAGGGGCAGUCUGAAGAUCCACUGAGGGUCCUGGAAUACACGCCUCACGAGCAAAUCGCACUUCUGGCUCCCGAGCCCCUCCUUGUUGGGGUCCCAUACACAGUUGUCAUUGACUAUGCUGGCAACCUUUCUGAGAGUUUCCAUGGCUUUUAUAAAAGCACCUACAGAACCAAGAAAGGGGAAGUGAGGGUACUUGCAUCAACGCAGUUUGAACCUACUGCAGCUCGAAUGGCCUUUCCCUGCUUUGAUGAGCCUGCCUUGAAAGCGAGUUUCUCAAUCAAGAUCAGAAGGGAACCAAGACACCUCGCCAUCUCCAAUAUGCCUUUGGUAAAAUCUGUGACUAUUGCUGAAGGACUCAUAGAAGACCAUUUUGAUGUCACUGUGAAGAUGAGCACCUACCUGGUGGCCUUCAUUGUUUCAGAUUUUAAGUCUGUCAGCAAGAUGACCAAGAGCGGAGUCAAGGUUUCUGUAUAUGCUGUGCAAGACAAGAUAAAUCAGACUGAGUAUGCACUGGAUGCCGCCGUGACUCUUCUAGAAUUUUAUGACGAUUAUUUCAGCAUUCCAUAUCCCUUACCCAAACAAGAUCUUGCUGCUAUUCCUGACUUUCAGUCUGGUGCGAUGGAAAACUGGGGACUGACGACAUAUAGAGAAUCUGCUUUAUUGUUUGAUGCGGAAAAGUCUUCUGCAUCGAGUAAGCUUGGCAUCACGAUGACUGUGUCCCAUGAACUUGCCCACCAGUGGUUUGGGAACCUGGUCACCAUGGAAUGGUGGAAUGAUCUUUGGCUAAAUGAGGGAUUUGCCAAGUUUAUGGAGUAUGUGUCUGUCAGGGUGACCCAUCCAGAGCUGAAAGUUGAAGAUUAUUUCCUUGGCAAGUGUUUUGAUGUGAUGGAAGUAGAUGCGUUGAAUUCUUCACACCCUGUGUCCACACCUGUGGAGAAUCCUGCUCAGAUUCGGGAGAUAUUUGAUGAUGUUUCUUAUGAGAAGGGAUCUUGUAUUCUGAAUAUGGUAAGAGAUUAUCUUGGUGCCGAUGCAUUUAAAAGUGGCAUUGUACAGUAUCUCCAGAAGUACAGCUAUAAAAACACAAAAAAUGAGGACCUGUGGAAUAGUAUCGCAAGUAUUUGUCCUACAGGUGGCACACAAGGGAUGGAUGGCUUUUGUUCUAGAGGUCAACAUUCAUCUUUGUCCUCACACUGGCGUCAGGAAGGCCUUGAUGUGAAAACCAUGAUGAACACCUGGACGCUGCAGAAGGGCUUUCCCCUGAUCACCAUCACAGUGCGAGGCAGGAAUGUGCACAUGAAGCAAGAGCACUAUAUGAAGGGAUCUGACGAUGUCCCAGAAACUGGAUACCUGUGGCAUGUUCCAUUGACGUUUAUUACCAGCAAAUCAGACUCGGUCCACAGAUUUUUGCUGAAGACAAAAACAGAUGUGCUCAUCCUCCCAGAAGAGGUGGAAUGGAUCAAAUUUAAUGUGGGAAUGAAUGGCUAUUACAUCGUACAUUAUGAGGAUGAUGGAUGGGACUCUUUGACUGCUCUCUUAAAAAGAACACACACAACCAUCAGCAGUAAUGAUCGGGCCAGUCUCAUUAACAAUGCAUUUCAGCUUGUCAGCGUUGGAAAGCUACCCAUUGAAAAAGCCUUGGAUUUAACCCUGUACUUGAAACAUGAAACGGAAAUUAUGCCUGUGUUCCAAGGUUUGAAUGAGCUGAUUCCUAUGUAUAAAUUAAUGGAGAAAAGAGAUAUGAAUGAAGUAGAAACUCAAUUCAAGGCCUUCCUCAUCAGGCUGCUGAGGGACCUCAUUGAUAAGCAGACGUGGACAGACGAGGGCUCUGUCUCUGAACGAAUGCUGCGGAGUCGGCUCCUCCUCUUUGCUUGUGUGUGCAAGUACCAGCCAUGUGUGCAGAGGGCAGAAGGCUAUUUUAGAGAGUGGAAGGAAUCCAGUGGAAAUUUGAGCUUACCCAAUGAUGUGACCUUGGCGGUGUUUGCUGUGGGGGCCCAGAACACUGAAGGCUGGGAAUUUCUUUAUAGUAAAUAUCAGUCUUCUUUGUCCAGUACUGAGAAAAACCAAAUUGAAUUUGCCCUCUGUACGAGCCAAAAUAAGGAAAAGCUUCAGUGGUUAUUAGAUCAAAGUUUUAAGGGAGAUAUAAUAAAAACUCAGGAGUUUCCAGGUAUUCUUAUGCUUAUUGGCAGAAAUCCAGUGGGAUAUCCAUUGGCCUGGCAGUUUCUGAAGGAAAAUUGGAAUAAGCUUGUACAAAAGUUUGGCCUUGGCUCACCUUCCAUAACCAACAUGGUAAUGGGAACAACAAAUCAAUUCUCCACAAGAACUUGGCUUGAAGAGGUGAAAGGAUUCUUCAGCUCUUUGAAAGACAAUGGUUCUCAGCUCCGUUGUGUCCAACAAACAAUUGAAAUCAUUGAGGAAAACAUACGUUGGAUGGAUAAGAAUUUUGAUAAAAUUAGAAUGUGGUUACAGAAUGAAAACCUUGGGCUGUAAUCGUUCAUUCAUUACCAGGUUCCUGCUAUAAUCACCCAAAUUUUGUUGAAUGUGAACAUUUCCAAACUAGAGAUGGUUUUGGCUCCAGCGGGAGAUACUUCCUUUUCCUUCAACUCCUAUUCAUUUGACUGUUCCUGUGAAAAGUUCUGCUGUUCGUUUUUUCAUCAGUGGGUUAUUGCUACCAUGUGUUUGUCUACAGGUGUUGCCUUGACGUGUUCGUACACCCAAGUGGUGGACUCCCUACUACAGAGGAGAAAAGUACCUUAUCCACCAUAUUUUGUAUUUUAUACUUAAGCCCAGCAGUCUCCAACUACACCCUCAUUCAACAAAGUGUUUUUCCAUAAGCAGUUUCAUUAAUCUCCUUGGGAGACUUUGAAUAAUGAGCAAUACUGAACAAUGAACACCUGGAUCCAUGACUAAGAUAGAACGUGCCUGUGCUAGAACUCUCCUGUUGGCCCCUCCGGAUCUACUUUCCUCCCUUCUCUUCCUGCUCCAUGUCAAGGACUGACUUAUGGGCCAAGCCAUUAGGCUUCGUGGUCAAAUGGGGAGUCCCAGAAGGAGACUGGAGCUGGGGGGCAGGGUGAGGAUGGAGGGAGCAGAUGGGGAAUAUUUAUUCCCCUGGUUCCCUUGUAGGGUGCACAGGCUGGCCCCCACCGAAGGUCUCAGCCCCUGAGAAGGGGCUCUUUUCUGCUCACAGCCUUCUCUCUCCUUCUCUGGGUUAUGGUUACUGCUUCUUUCUCAUCCCCACAGGACUAGGUACCGCUGUGGGAGCCUGGCUCUUUAGAGUCCCAGCUGUACUUGUGGUUCCCAUAUACCCUGCCCACAUCGUUGUAAAAAAUCCUUUUAUAGAACCCCUUCAGAUAAUCCUAAAUUGAGGGUGCCAUCUAUUUACUCACUAUCCCGUCUGAAAAAGCAUAGUACAUUCAGGUCUAUAGGAAAGAAAAACCUUUCCUUCAAAGUUGUACCUGAGAAUUGUUGAUCCUUAGGUAAGAAGGUGAUGCUUUUCUCUUCCUGCUCCUUAUUUGGCCUAGUUUAUAAUUCCUAAAUAACACAUCAUUGGCACUUACUGCCACCUUAGAUAAAUCAUUGCAGAAUAAACAAUAAUAUAUUGUGAAAUUAAAAAUAUUUGCUUACGUUAGCCCCUGAGGACAAUUUUUUGUCUUUGAAGACUUAUAUGGAAUUUUGAAUAUAUGGCAAAAUUUUCAAGAUAAAGGAAAAUGAUAAGAAAAAUGUCAUAAAAUGUGUUGCUUUAAUAGACUAUGGGAUAGAGUGACUUUUUCUGGACAUAAAUUUGUUCACAAUUCCAUUAUUAUAUCCGUUGCAUGGUUAAUGGUUCGAGAAAAAAAUAAAACAGAUUAUCACUGACAAUUUCAAUCCCCAGCAUUUUCCUUCUAAAAACAUACACAGCCAAAAUUUUAAUGUAAAAUAGUUAGCUUUAAUUGUAUUUUAUAUCUUGAUUACUGAAACAUGAAAAUAUUUUCAGUUUUGGUUAUCUGAGAAACUAUCUUUAUUUGCUUUGGUAAAGUCCAUUUUCUAAACAGAUACAACAUUGUCACAACCAUGUACAGAAACCUUUUUGGUAAUAAAAAGUUGUGUUUUACCUCCAAGCAUAUAUUUGCAAUUAUUUCCUUCUAAUUAGAUGAGUAAAAAAGAACUGAUUCAGAUCCUGUAAGUUUACUCAAGUCAUAAUUACCAGCAAACACGCAAGUCUUGAAGAUAUUUCUAAUUAACAAGAAGGCAUAUUCAGAGCAGGGCUUUGAAGCAGUUUGGUCCAGUUUGAACCCUGCUAAGAAUUUGAAUUUCUAACAAGUUUCCUGCUGAGAACUUGCAUUUCCACCCCAGAUAUACUGAAUCAGAAUCUACAUUUUUAACAAGAUCCUCAGGUGACUCUUAGGUAUAACUUCCUGAGAACUUGGUAGAAAUGCAAAUUCUCAGCAGAGGUUCCAACUGGAAAAAACAGGUUUGAAGCCCUGAUUCAGAGUGCCUCAAAUGUGUUUCUUAAAUCUUUGGAUUUUGGUACGUCAUUUAAAAAUAUUUCUAUAUAUGCAUGGAAAUCAGGAAUACUGCAGCCAUAGCCUUGCAAAUACCUCAGUCAAGGUCAAAC